AGCGAUAAAGGGACCGGCGGGGCACGCGCGCUCUCUCUCUCUCUCUCUCUUCUCUCUCUCUUUCGCUCUCUCUCUCUCUCUCUAUUUUUUCCUCGCCGAAACAAUCGAGGGGAAGGAAUCCGCGAUCGUGGAAAGUCGCGACGCGCGCUCUCGCGAGGCUCGGGAGGGGUAGCGGGAGGGGGAGGAAGAAUCCGCUGCCAACGCGAUUGUGAGAGACCCGGAACGAUAAGCCGUCUCGCGCGUCGGUUUCGCGAAGCGGAGUGUGUCCCGCGAGUCACAGUGGUCGUGGGCAGCCGUUGCUAACGAUCGGCUUUCGUCCCGUGAAUAUUACUGUGCAUCCCCGCGAGCCGGCUUCGGGGACGCGAGCGAGCGAGCGCGCGCGCGCGCGCGCGCUAGCGAGCGAGCCACCGAGCACGCACGAGAGAGACGAGCUUCGCCCUGAAGUUGUUGCCUAUCCUCCUUGUCGCCGCGCACCGUUGACCGAUCGCCUGCCUAGCUAGUGCCCGUCUGCUGCCGUCGAUUGUGCGUGCGCGCGCGCGCGUGCGUUGCCGUUCCCGGAGCUAAGCGCUAACGCGCGAAACGCUAAUACGGGUUCGCAGCAGGAAUUGACCGCAAAAUGGUGCUAGCGUCGAAGUGUACGAUUGGUUGAACCACAAGGUGUGCAGGAAGUUGCGUGUAAUAAGAAAAUGGACGAAUUCGCCGGUGAUGGCGUUGAUCUCUAUGAUGACGUGAUUGCUGCCCCAGCCGGUGGUAAUGGUGGCGUUUCCUCCGGGAAUACUGGAGACGGUGGUGGUGAUACUACGUCUCCGAACGAGGAAACUAAUGGAAAUGCACCUUAUCAUCAGCUUGGCAAUAAUAUACAACCAAAUCAAAUUGGUAGACGCCAUCAAUUAUAUGUUGGAAAUUUGACAUGGUGGACAAGUGAUCAAGACAUAACAGAUGCAGUUCAAAGCAUUGGCGUAACUGAUUUUGCGGAGGUGAAAUUUUUCGAGAAUCGCGCUAAUGGACAGUCCAAAGGUUUCUGUGUAAUAUCCUUAGGCUCUGAACAGAGUAUGAGAAUAUGCAUGGAAAGACUGCCCAAGAAGGAAUUACAUGGUCAGAAUCCUGUAGUAACAUUUCCUACGAAGCAGGCACUGAAUCAAUUUGAAUCGCAGUGUAAGACGCGACCUGCUCCGGCUCCACAACAGAGUCAGAGCCAACGUCCCCAUAACCCACAUCAACAUCAGCCACCAAUGCCACCUCAUCAACAACAUCCUCAACAUCCUCAACAUCCUCAACACUCACAACAAAAUCAUGGUCCUAGAAUGAUGAUGGGUCCUCCGCAAGGUGUUAGACCUCAGAGAAUGCCACCACCCGGAAUGGGUCCUCCAGGACCCGGUGGACCAGGCCAACAAGGGCCGCCACGGAUGCAUGGACCGCCGUUAGGGCCAGGUCCGGGACCGCAUCAUGCUUUGCCUGGCCAUCCUAAUCAAGGUCCACCACCUGGCUAUCAACAGGGACCAUGGAACGGGCCGCGUCCUAAUGGCCCGCCUGGACCGCCUAGAGGACCCAGUGGGCCUGGUGGUCCACCUCAGCAAGGUCCACCAGGUCCAGGCCCUGGUCAACAUAGACCACCUGGAAUGCAAUUUCACGGUGGUCCACCUGGACCGCCAGGCCAGGGACCUCCUCGCGGCCCACCUGGACAUCCUGGUGGACCUCCUGGAGAUCCAAGAGGAGCUCAACCUCGCCCUGAAUGGAAUAGGCCGCCAGGAAUGCAUCAUGGGCCUCAGGGACCACCAGGUUUCCCUCAACAUCAACAUAUGCAAGGGCCGCAGCCUGGCCAAGGCCCACCACAGAGAGGACCUCCUCCAGGUUCUAUGGGUGGACCGGGAGGUCCACCUCCAGGACAUGGCGGACCGCCGCAAGGACCUCCUCAAGGACCGCCGGGUGGUCCGGCUCCUCAUGUCAAUCCGGCGUUCUUUCCACAAGGCCCACCUCAUCAGCAUCCAGGCCAACAUCCACCAGGACCUCCUGGUCCACCUCAUGGUCCCCCUCAUGGUCCUCCUCACGGUCCUCCUCAUGGUCCUCCUCACGGUCCACCACAUGGACAACCACAUGGACCGCCACAUGUACCGCCACAUGGCUACGGACCACCAAGUGCUCAAGCACCUUACGGAGCACCUGGCCCUGAUCAUCGUCCGGAAGGUCCGCCUCCACUCACAGAACAAGAAUUCGAGGAGAUAAUGGGCCGCAAUCGUACAGUUUCUUCAUCUGCGAUUGCCAGGGCAGUGUCUGAUGCUGCAGCGGGUGAAUAUGCAAGUGCCAUAGAGACGUUGGUUACUGCUAUAUCGUUGAUAAAACAAUCAAAGGUUGCUGCAGAUGACAGAUGCAAAAUUCUGAUCAGUUCUCUCCAAGACACUUUACGUGGCGUUGAAACUAAAAGCUACGGAUCUGGACGUAGAGAACGUUCGCGUUCACGUGACAGAGAGCGCAGCCACAGAAGACGACGCGAGCGGUCUAGAAGCCGAGAUCGCGAGUAUCGUGAGCGUAGCAGAGAUCGGGACCGAGAGCGCGAUCGGGAGCGUGAUCGCGAGAGAGAAAGAGACCGCGAUAGGGACAGAGAACGUUAUUACAGCGAACCAUAUCCGAGAGAGCGAUCACGCAGCAGAGAAAGAGAGCGCGAACGUGAAAGAGAUCGUGAAUAUAGAGAGAGAAGCAGAGAAGAAAGUACAACACGUCAAUCAGCCAGGCCAAGAGUAAAAGAAGAACCGCCAGAGACGGCACCCGUCUCAUCUUCCAAGGCGUCUAGGUAUUAUGACGAUCGCUACAGAGAGCGUGAGCGAGAGAGAGAUCGAGAACGUGAAUCAAGCCGAAGACCAUCCGAACGGGAACGGGAACCAGAACGGGAACGUGAACGGGAACGAGAACGUGAUCGCCGGGACGAACGGGGAGACUCUUCUCAUCGUUCAAGACAUUAAAUAAAAGAGAGAAAAAAAGAUACAAAUCGGGGAGAUAACACAAGCAGGGUGUGCUGUCACAAGAAUUGAAGAUUCUAUUUGAUGAAACAUUAAAUGAAUGGAACAACAUACACAUACACAUUCAUACACACAUUGCGAUCUUCUUAAUUCUUGAAAUAAAAGUAUAUUAUGUCGCUUAUAUAAUGUCGACAUGAACAUACGUGACAUCCAAAGAUUGUUUAUGAGACGCGAUAAUAUCGAGAGAUAUAGGAUAAACAAUUAAAAAAGAGAUACUUUCAA